UGGAAAGGAAGGCCGGCUUGGAUAUGUGGCAUACCGGCUUUGGAGUAAAGCUAUAAAACCUGUCCCAGAGGCUCUCGCAAGCAUUAUUUGUAUUUUGUGCAGCGAAAAGGAAGUUAUCGAGGUAACGGUCUUAAACAAACUUCAGCAUCAUGAAUCAGCUUUUCAUUCUAGUAGCCGUAGUGGCUGCUUUUGCUAAUGCCAAAGAAGAACCAUUUUCAAUAGGCCUUGGCACUCUAUCCCCUUCUUACAGGCAGACUGUUGGAAAAGAAAAUGUUAAGGUCAAUGUGGAACAGAGAGACGACGGCUUUUCUUACAGCGUUGGAGAUCCUAGGACAGGUACAAACACUUAUCUCAACUUUGGAGGAGCUUCAGCAGGUCAAGCAGUAAACCCAGCUGGUUAUGCAUCUGGAUAUGGAGCCUCAGCAGGUCAAGCAAUUAACCCAGCCGGCUAUGCAUCUGGACAUGGCGCUUCAGCAGGUCAAGCAAUAAACCCAGCUGGCUAUGCAUCUGGACUUGGCUCAGGAUAUGGCUCACUAGGUGCUUCUGUCAACCCUGGUGCUUAUUCUCAAAUGCCAUCUAUCAGUCCUGGAGGAUAUGGUGGUUCAGUUUCUUCCCAAUAUGGCAGCCCUUCUGCUUAUGGUGGACUUUCUGGACUCCCUUCCCCUUCUUAUGGUAGCAACAGUGGUUUAGCUGGAUAUGGUGGACCUUCCGGUCAAAGUGGAUUGUACAGUGGACCUGCUUCAGUCCAAGGUGGUUACGGAUCAUCCUCUCCUGUUGGUGCAAGUGGAUUUUAUGGAAGCAGUAAUCUCGAAGCAGCUCGCAAACCUGAAGAUAAUCCUGCUCCAAUAAUACCAGCUGGAUUCUCUUAUCAUGGCACUGAAGGACAAGCAUUUUUGAGACAAGGAGAUUCCCCUAAUUUUGUUAUAUCUGAUGACAACAAAGGUGCAAAUCUCGGUCCUGCUCAACGAAGCUUUCAAACUCGUGGAGGUCUUCCAGUAGGGGGAUAUGCCGGACCUCAGCAUUCUGGUACCUUCAAAGAGCAAAAUGGAUAUUUUCCUUAAACAGAUUUCUUCAACUCUAAAUUAAAAUUUCUAAGACUCAUACUCGAUAUUUAUGGGAGUAGUAUUGCUCUAAAACGUGGAGCAAGUGGAAAUCUUUCCAAACUAGAGAGCUGGACUGAUCACUACCAUCAGUUUAGUAAUGUGAGUUGUCAUUCAAAAAUAUUGUCAAGCAAUCGAUCUUUCGAAAACUAUCCCUUUCUGAGUUUUGGUGAAUACUUAAUGUUUUUCUCGACGCUAUUUUAAAAAGAAAACCAAUUGCUGCUUCUUCGAAACAAAAUGAAACAUUAUCGGUAAAAACAAUACUGAAGAAUAAUUACUUUAGUGCCAGAAAUAAUCAAAUAUCAAGCUAAGAAUGUCAGAAAAAUGUACAAGAUAAAUGAUAAUUUUAAUAUUUGGCUUACAUCUUGCAGUAUUCUAGCGAUAUCAAUUAACAAUACAUUACAUAUAAAUUAUACGUUUUCGAUCGUUUGAUAAAAAUUAUACACAUCAGAUUUUUUCUUCUCUAAUCAGUCAAUGCUUUAACAUUGACUGUGUCUGCGCCUCAAAUUUUUUUCGAAAUUGCUGUGUUCGGAAAAAAAUUGAGUAUUUCAUCGUGAGAUUAAGGCACUACUCUUUACUGUUUUAAGUUUAUCCCCAUAAUGCAUUUUUGAUGAAAACUAAAUACUCAUUGGAAGCAUAUUCAGGAUCAUAGUUGCAUUUUUCUUAAGCCUAUUUUUAUUCCUAAGCCUAUUAUUCCGUUAAGCUUAAUUUUUUCUAUUUAACAAUUUCAUCCGAACGCUAAAAUGUUUUACCUGUUCAGAGAGUGUAGAACAUGCGCUGUGAAAAAGAGAACAUGAGAAAUGCAACAAGUUUAGGUUUUCUUUUUUCUUAGAAACACAUUUCAAUUUAAACAUAUUGAAGAUUUUGUUUUUCAGUUUGAGCAUAGAAUUUAUCGAAGAAGAUUAAGUAGAACAACGUUCAAAAAUGAUAAUUUUAGUCAUGCUUACCCUACGUGCUGGCGCAUGGGAUUUUAUUUAUUUGUAUAUUCAUUUCAAUAUAAAAUUAUCUGAAACGUAUUCAGAUUUGAAUUCUGUUAAGUAUAAGAUCGAAUGUUGACUCUAUUUUUGACGCUGUAAAAAAGCACAAAAUCAAGCACAGAGAACUGUGAAUGAAUGAAAUUUAUAUGAGCACAAUUAUGUGAUCUUUGUGAUUUCAACUGUCAAUAACUACAUGUGAUCAUUGUGUUCCAGAAGCAUUUUAAUAUUUAUUUAAUUUAUUCUUCUGCAAAUGCUACAAAGAAACUGUGAGAUACAGUGUUUUUAAUAAAACUAUUAUGUUGAA